AUGAGUCGCCAGACGAAGGACUUGUCGGAAAUGAUGCCGUGCUGUCGGGUGUGUCUCGUCGAAUUCGGUAUCACCGGCUCCGCCUACCGUAACCAUUUCCCUCUCCGUUUGCAGACAACGACAGUCACUCGUCGCGUCUUCUUUCCUGCGGACACACUCUCUGCCGCGAGUGUCUGUUCGGAAUCAAGCACACCGGCAAUGCGUAUGCUGGAUACAACCACUGGAGGAGCAAGUGUCCCACGUGCCGCGCCGUCAUCGCUUCCGGAUCCGCUCAUCCCAGAAAUUUCGAUCUCGACGGUCAGUCCGCACUCUGAAUCAUCCUUCGACAAACAUUAGAUUCAGAAGCGUUGGACGUGAUCAGGUACAUGCAAUUGACGAAAGCGGAGGAGGCGUGCUGCAAAGAAUGCAAGAGUUGGCAUCCGGUUAAGUCGUGAGUUUCAGUUGCACUUCUUAUUUUUUGAAUUCAACUUCCCUUCAGAAUGCUGUUCUGCGUCUACUGUUACAGAGAAGCGUCUCCAUAUUGCACCGUCAAUUCUGACGUACGCUUACAGUUUUCAUCCCCGAUAGCCCUAAUUUCCAGGCACUCGUCUCCGUCGGCGAUUUCCUUUUCUGCGGUCCAUGUGCCAUCGAUGGUCACGUUCGGGAAGGUCACGAAGUGCAAAAGUACGCGAGGAUCCAUGUGAGCCAGCAUCAGAAAAAUGGGAUCGAACUAAUGUGAAUUUAAGGAAUCAAUCAAGGAGAACAUGGCGGAGGGAGAUAAAGUGAGUGCCAGGGAGCUGGACGAUGUGCUCGGCAUAGAUUGCGAUUGCCAUAGCAAAGUGAGUCUAUUUACACAAGCAACCUCAAAAAAGGUGAUGCUUCAGUUGUCCCAAGAAGAGACUCAGAUGACGGAAGAGGAGGAACCGGAAGAAGAAGCCGACAACGAGUCGUCCCACGAAAACACUCCUCCGUCUUACAUCCAAGUUCCUCCCAUCUAUGAGCACUACCCACCGGCUCAGCAGAGCCUAUUAGCUGCGCAGCCACCGUUUCAGUUGAUGUAUCCAUGGGGAACCGCCCAAGUGCAAUACAUUCGGCCGGUCCAGUUUCAGUUUCAAUUUUAUGGACCGUACGGAACGGCGAUCCACACAUGCAUGGCGCCGAACCCCAACCAAUACUACGUUAGUUUUUAAAAGCAUUGAAUAUGAAUUAACAGGUUUCUAUUGACAGGCGUUCAAUCUGCCACAGCCCACGACGAGUAUGUCAAUCCAUAUCCUUCCAUGA